UCACCAUGUUCUUGGUCAAGCUUACCAACUUUGAACCUCUUCUGGAUGCAACCUCCUAUCUCGCUCAAAUUUCGAACUAUGCCGACGUGAAAUUCACACCGUUGGAGUUCUACUUAAUCGCCCCGUACCCUUCCCCUCGCUUCGUUGCAACGCUGCAAUUAUCGCAAAAAUGUUUCACCAACUAUUCCGUCGAUCAUGAACACACUUCCAAGGUUGACCUUGAAUCCUUCCAUGAUGCCAUCUUAGAUGGCGGAAGCUUUGCUUCAAUGACUAUCCAUCUUUUGGAAAAACCAAACCAAAUGAUCCUUAGAUUUCAGACUCCUUCAAGCGAAAUCCCACCAUUGCAUCAUGAAUUAACAUUCUCACCUCCCCAAUUAGCAGACAAUAAUAUAGGAGGCCAACUUGAAGAAGGAAAAUUUUUCAUAGUUAAAUCUGAGGCAUUAAGACGAAUUAUAAAAGAAUUACCUAUCUUCCAAGAUGAUUCAGUUGUUUGUGUUGGUGUAACGAGUUCUCAAAUCAAGUUCUCCAUUGCAUCUAAAGAGAUUGUUCUUAAGGCUCAACACUGUAGAAUCGUAGGUUUUGAAGAAGAAGUUGAAACUCAAUUCCAAAUCAUUCUCCGUCCUAUGUUGUUUUUCCUCAAUUUUACAUAUAAAGCAAAUAAGGUUUGGUUUUAUAAGACAAAGAAUAAUUCUUACAGUGUAAUGGCUGUCCCAGCUUUUGGAAUAUUAGGUCAAUAUGUAAUCUAUUUUCCCCCAACAGCUGCUUGGGAAGAACAAACAAACAGCUUGCAAAUGAAGGGGAAUCUCGCUAAACUUGUAAAGAGGAUCUCGCUCUCGGGGGAAUUCUCGCUGGAAAUAGGAAGCAUCGCUGGUGAGGCUCUCGCUGGUGUCGCUGGUGAGGCUCUCGCUAGUGUCGCUGGUGAGGCUCUCUUCAGUGUCGCUCAAGCUGAUCUCGCUGGUUCUGCUCAGGCUGAUCUAGCUGGUUCUGCUCUUGGUGAUCUCGCUGGUAAUGGUCAGUUCCCAGAAGACGUUUCUGCUGCUGCUCUGCCACUCAAAGAGACAAGUUAA